AUGGAUCGUUGGCUUAACAAAUCAAGAAAUACAGUGGGAUCAUCCUCAUCAGAUGCAAAUGAAAAUAAAUGUGUCACACCGAAUAAUAGUGCGAGUUUAAAAAGAGCAAAUAGUCCACCUAACAAACAAUCUGAUACAGGGACAUCUGCCACUACAGUAAGUAAAAGAAGAAAAUAUGACGAAAAUUAUAUCUCUUUUGGUUUCAUACAUGAAAAUAGUUAUCCACAGUGCGUUGUAUGUAGUAAAGUUUUUCCGAAUAGUUCAAUGGUGCCAGCCAAAUUGCGCCGUCAUUUGGAAACUAACCAUACAAACGUCAAAGAUAAACCUGUUGAUUAUUUUAUUCGAUUGCGUGAUCAACUUUUAAAGAAUAAGAACUUUAUAGCUGAAGUAACAAAAACGGAAAAUGAAAAAGCAACAGAGGCAUCUUAUAUGGUCAGUUAUCGUAUAGCUCAGGCUGGUAAAGCUCAUACAAUUGCCGAAAAUCUAAUCAAACCUUGCGUGAAUGAUAUUGUUAGUUGUAUGUUAGAUGAAAAGGCAGUCAAAAAAAUAAAUACUAUUCCGCUUUCCAACGAUACCGUUAGGCGUAGAAUUAACGAUAUAUCAACUCACAUAAAAUCGGAAUUAAUAUCUCGUCUUAAAUGUAAUAAUUUUGCUUUACAAAUGGACGAAUCCACUGACGUUUCUGGAUUAGCUGUAUUGCUUGUAUUCGUUAGGUAUAAAUAUCAAACUUCUCUUGAAGAAGACCUCUUAUUAUGUCAACCUUUGUCCACUUAUACAACUGGUUAUGAAAUCUUCAAUAUGUUGAACAAUUUUUUUGAAAUAGAAGGAUUGACUUGGGAUAAUUGUAUUGAUAUUUGUACAGAUGGAGCGAAGGCAAUGGUUGGAAAAACUGCUGGCGUGGUUUCGCGAAUUAAAGAAGUAACCAACAAUUGUAGUAAUAGUCAUUGCAUUUUUCAUCGUCAAGCACUUGCUAUUAAAAAGAUGCCAAUACCUCUUAAAAAUGUACUUGAUGAGGCAGUGAAGAUUAUAAAUUUCGUAAAAUCUCGACCAUUGAGCACAAGACUGUUCACAAUUUUGUGUGAAGAUAUGGGAAGUAUGCACAAAUCACUACUUUACCAUACCGAAAUAAGAUGGCUUUCUCGGGGAAAAACACUUGUACGCUUACUCGAAUUGCGCAAUGAAUUGUACGUUUUUUUCACCGAUCACCCAUUUAAUUUACAGCUCAGACUUAGUGAUAAAAUUUGGUUAUUUCGACUUAGUUACUUGGCUGAUAUUUUUACAAAAUUGAAUGAAGUGAACUUAUCAAUACAAGAAUCGAUUGAUGGUAAUAUUGAAGAUUUUGAUGAAAUAUAUGGCGAAAUUGAACAACAUUUAAAUGAAAUACUAUCGUCAUUAGAAAAAUAUUUUCCAGAAAGUAAAGACAUAGAAUUUAUCCAACGAUAUAAUUGGGUUAAAAAUCCGUUUUUAAUCAACGAUAAGCCCGAAGAUUUAUCUAUAACGGAGUAUGAAGAAUUUAUUGAAAUGACCACCGAUUCAUCUUUAAAAACUUUAUUUGAUAAAAUAUCAUUAACAGAUUUUUGGUGCAGUAGCAGUAUUACUAACGAAUAUCAAUCUCUGGCUAAAAAAGCUAUCUUAGCACUUCUUCCUUUCGCAACAACAUAUCUAUGUGAAACCGGAUUUUCAUCAUAUGCAUCAAUGAAAACCAAAUAUCGUAAUAAAUUGGAUGCUGAAGCAGAUAUGCGUAUUCAACUCUCGCCUAUCAAGCCAAAUAUAAAAAUACUGGUCAAUAAAAAAAGCCAACAUCACGGAUCACAUUAA